CUAGAGGAAGCCAUACUCCUCUGGUGUACAAGAAAUGACCUCUGUGACUCGCGAUUAGGAUUUCGGCUUCUAACAACCUAUCCUGAAUUCAAUUUGGCAACUACAAUCCGAACCAUUAUCUAUGUGCGAGAGCCACUUAUCAAAUUUGGUUCUGUAAUGAGCGUUUUGGGCAGUUAACGACUCCUCCAACAAGGAAUAGUGAAACUUCCUGUACGUCAUCAAGAAGCGCCAAUUGGAGGGUGAGUCGCGAGGGUAGGUUGCUUUAGUUCUUAGCUCUAUUUUUCAUAAUGGACAUACAUUUUAAGAGCAUAUAAACACAAAUACAUCAUAGGGAACAAAUAAAAGAGUUUUGGAUUUUGGGCGCGUUUAUAUCUGACCAGGAGCCGAAGCGAUGGCUUUCCUCGGGAGCCUGAGACCGCUGAUGUCAUCUCUAAUGCAGGUGUCCCACUGUCUCUCCCCCCUGUGGGUCCGGCCCGGAGUCUCCAGAACCAUGGCGACGCUGAACCAGAUGCACCGGAAGGGCAAGCCCUCGUCGCCGCCCCCCCGCCCCAGCGCCACCUUCGGGCGCCCCCAGCUGAAGGGCGUGGUCCUGAAGACCAUGAUCCGCAAGCCCAAGAAGCCCAACUCCGCCAACCGCAAGUGCGCGCGUGUGCGCCUCUCCAACGGCAAGGAGGCGGUCUGCUUCAUCCCUGGGGAGGGACACAACCUGCAGGAGCACAACGUGGUGCUGGUGGAGGGGGGGCGCACCCAGGACCUGCCCGGGCUCAAGCUCAAAAUAGUCAGGGGCAAGUACGACUGCGCCCACGUGGUGAAGAAAAAGCAGUGACCUGCUGAGGGGAGGCGCUGUGAUGGGACCCCCUGGUUUUAUGGGGGGGGGGGGCAGGGGGGG